AUGCAAAGAAACUCCUUUUCACAGUUAAUGUCCACACUUAAGCACGUCCUCUUGGGCAAUCUUGGCGUCGGAAAAACAUGUAUCGCUCAAAGGUAUGCACUUAACCAAUUCCUUCCAAACUCUCCACCUACACUCUGCGCAGACUUUUGCACUAAAAGAGUGCAAAUCGCAAAAGUCGAUGUUGAACUGAAUAUUUGGGACACUGCCGGUUCUGAAAGAUUUAGAAGUAUGAUAUCUAUGUAUUACCGAGGAGCUAAGUCAUGUAUGAUUGUUUACGACAUUACAUCCAAAGAGUCGUUUUGUUCAGUAGAAGAGUGGUAUAAUUUACUUAAAGAUAAUAUUGAAGAUGUAAAUAAGACUGUUGUAAUGAUUGUUGGGACGAAAACGGACUUGGAAGAUAAGAGAGAGGUAAGUGUCGACGAAGGAGUAAAACUUUCACAAAAACUGGAGUGUCUUUUUAUGGAGGUGACUUCAAAAGAAGGCGAGAGUUUGUUAUUAAAAUGA